AUGAGCUUUCAUUUUUGUGGUGACGCCCAACGGAAUGAUUUUGAUGAUCAUAUCAUAACUUCGAGAUAUUUGGCCGACAUUUACGGUGAGGAGUCAUUUUUGUGCUCCUUUAUCAGAGAAAGAAUGUCGUUGGAAGCUCUACGAUUAGUUUCCGAAUAUAUGACGCCCGCUGGGCGUAUAAAUCUCGCACAAGUCGAUGCAUCAUCUUGCAAUGAGCUGAUAAGAUGGGAAGAUGUGCAUAGUUUGCUAUUCGACGAUUAUAAAGUAGUGAUGGCAGGAGAAGUUUUUCGGCAUCAAGUUGAGAGCAGUACAGAUUCGAGAGAUAAUCUUCAAAUGGAACAAUCUUUCCGUCUUUGCCCACACGCUCGUCAUGUGUGGAUUCAAACACGGCUCCGAAAUGAGCAUGUUGACGUCCUUCGAAAGCGAUCAGGACUAAUCGAAUCGCUCUACUUAUCCAGUGAAAACUUUGACACACGCUAUCCGCUGAGCUGGGACGAUUUCACGAUGAGCCGCCUACGUAGCAUCAAUAUUCUUCAAAGAAUGGAUCAACCACUGAAUCUGAGACAGAUUUUGGAUCCAACUGCAUGCCAGGCGUUUUUCCCCAUCACUUUGCGCCAUAUAAGCUUGACUGGUGUUGUGCUCACUCCAGCCUUUAUGGACGUUUUGCUUACACUUACAAAUCUUCGCCAACUGGACUUAAUCGGCAGCGUUAUCGACUCCAAUCUAGCGGCUGAAUACGUGGAAAAAUUAGGACGAUUACCAAAUCUUGAUGAAAUGACCAUGCCACCGUCGAUGUUCUCUUUUUCUAAUCAAGAACAAAGCGUUGUCACAUUUUCUUUCAGGAAAUUGCACCUCUCUAAACUAUCAAUCUACAUGGAGCAGUUCGAUGAAAAUACAUUCUUUGAGCAGCUUGAAACGAUAAUGCCAAGAAAACUCGAAGCCCUAGUGCUCUAUGGCAAUUUCUUUGCUCUUAAAAAAUCUAAAAAAUAUGGUCAAUGGCGUAAAUUUGAGAUAGUGUUUGGAAAAAUGACACCACAAGUUCGAACCCAAUGGUGGAUGAGAGACGACGCCAUUCUGAUGUCUCACCUUGUUCGAAGCCCACCAUAUAAAACAGCUGAUGAUUUCCGACCCAUAAGGAACUCGAACGCUUCAUGGCGUUUCGAUCAGGCAGUUGCUGACAAUGAAGAGGCCAGACAAGCAAGGCAAAAUCAACCUCUCAACCGUAUUCUACGUUUCAUGCAAGUUUUCAUGCAACAGCGUCCCGAACCACCAGCGCCGGGUGUCGCCCCACAACGUGCUCUACCGGAGAUCGAUCACCGAACUGAUUAUAGAGCUCAUUUGCAGCCACCACCUCCUCCACCGGCAGCGCGAAGGGAGAGAGCACGGCGUCGAGCAAGUAAUCCUCCAGCACAAGCUGAAGAACGAAGACCAGCACCGAUAAUGUUCACGAUCCCGGCUGUGGACGGUGGCAACGCCGGUCCAGUUGGUGUGAUCAUACCUGCCCAAGCUGUUCCCGACAACGCAGCUCCACCAGCUCCAAAUCCUCCACAAGAGCAUAUUCGGGAGCAUCGUCCAGAUCCGAAUGCGGCUCAGUUACCUGCCAUUCCGGAAGUGCCUCCUGCAUCUGAUUUGCCUGGUACGGAAUCCAAUCGGACAACUCCCAGAGACGCAGUUUCUUCUGAAACGGCACCAUUGCUUGCACCGAUACAGCCUGGUCUACCACAACCUAGUGGGAACCAAGGAAAUGCCUUCCCUACCGCUAUCGUGCAACCUGUAGCUCAUGAUGGCAAUCAACCACCUGCUCAGUCCGUUCAAAUUCGAGAAGUUCCUGCAGAAACGCCAGCUUCAACGAACCAACCUCAACCUCGUGUAGAAGUGCCUAGUGAGAUUCCAGCAACGGCAAGCACCCGUUCACAACCAAGGGAUGACGAGCCACAUUUGUUCAUUGCCAAUGUCGCACCAGCCGCUGAGCAACGACCGAAUGCUCGAGCAGCCAAUGCUCCUCCCAAUCCAGCUAACCGACCUGGCCAAGCACCGCCGGCUGAGCAAAGGCAUGCAGAACAACCUGAUGGACAUGCAGAUGAGGAGAACAUCAACAUGAUGCUACAAGGUAUGCUCCAAGCUUUGGUGGAAGAAAUUGUAUUUGACGCAGUCAAUGAAGAACCACACCGUACACCAGCACCGGUUACACCACCGCCUUCGGACGCGUCACAAGUAUCGCAGCCGCCUCGCAACCGCAACCCUUGA